AAUUUUGCAACGAACAAAAACUCUACAAAAUCGCUCAAAAGAUUUCCACUAGAGAUUUGAGGUAGUUGAAAUCAAGGAACAUUUCGUAAGGGAAAGUUAAAUCGUCGCUGUGUUCUCUUCUAACUAAUAUAAUAUACAUUUCUGCAGUAUCAACAGCAUGGCAAUGACAUUGCAAAGUGGUGGCCUUACUCAGGAUGAGAAUCUCAAUGUUCGCUAUAAUGGAUCCGCCGUUGCAGGGAAGGCUAAUGCCAUGAAUUCACAAAGAAAAAGUGGGCUUAGCGGGCGAAAGCCUCUUGGCGAUCUAUCAAACUCGAGAAAGCCAGACUUAAACCAGUCAUCAAAAUGGCAAAACACAAAGAAUCUCACGUUUAUUGAUGAAGAAACUGGUGCAGGCAAAAAGAAAAACAUACUCAAGGGCUCUGAGAAGGUGCAGAAGGGAACUCGAAAAGUACUCUCGGAUAUUUCGAACUCUGGAAUGCCAAACCUGCCGGAGGCCUCAAAGAAGAAGCAGAAAUUGAAACUGAGCACUGUAAGGGAAGAAUCUCUCCAUCACAAUGCUAUUUGUGAGGAACGCUUCCUGCACAACCAUCAAGAUUGCAUUAAAUCACAAAAUAGCGCUAUGGACAAGGAUCAAUUUCUGAGCAUCGUUGGACUUGAUCUUCCCAAUGAGUUGAUGACAUCCACUAGAAGAAAGCCUGAUAGUCCAUUGAAGCUCAUGGAAAUGGCAGAAUUGGCAGUUGUUGAUCGAUCUCCAAAGAAGUUGUGUCUGUUUGGAAGGGGAUGGCCCGCCUCAUCGCCGCCUUGCAAAUCCCCAAAAUCACCCUCAGUGGAUACAUUUUCUCUCUGGAAGGACACCGAUAGUAUCAACUUCACAUUGAUAAAGACCCUAUGAGCGCACCAAAGGCCUUUGUUCUCUGUUGAUAAAGGAGGGGGUUGUAGAUUCCUGGAUGCUUAAGAUUGUUUAAAAUCUAGAGAAGUUGUAGCUGAAGUUUUUCUGUGUUUUGAUUUAGAUGAAGAUUUGUUAUCAUCUCUAAGAUUCUUUUGGGAAAGGUCAUCUGAAAAGAUUUGUAAUGGAACAGAUCUUUUUUUGAUUGAGAGAAGAUUGUUAUCAUUCCCAUAUAUAAAUAAAUUUCUAAUUCACAAUU